AUGAAACUUAAUCGACAUCGCCCUCAUAGAUUUGUCUCAAACCCCAUCGUCACCAUCUUCCAGACAAAACCCAAACGCUUUUAUUGCAGCUCUACACUUCAAGAUAACGACGACAAAGACUCACAAUUCAUAGCGACACUCAAAAACAUCGUACGAGGAAAUAAAAGCUGGAAAAUCGCUUUUAACGAUCCAUUUAUUUCAACUAAGUUAAAGCCUCAACAUGUUGAGAAGGUCUUGUUGCUUACUCUUGAUGAUUCCAGGUUAGCUUUGAGGUUUUUUAACUUCUUGGGUUUGCACAAAAAAUUUAACCACUCAACCAUGUCCUUCUGUAUUCUAAUUCAUGCCCUUGUUAAUGCUAAUUUAUUUUGGCCUGCUUCUUCGCUCUUGCAAACGUUGCUUCUUCGUAGUGGGUUGGAUCCAAGAGAGGUUUUUGAGGCUCUUUUGGACUGUUUCAAGAAAUUUGAGUUCAUUUCUAGUUCGGGUUUCGAUUUAUUGAUUCAAAUUUAUGUGCAGGAGAAGAGAAUGUUUGAUAGUGUUUUGAUAUUCCGGUUGAUGAGGCAGUGUGAUUUGAUGCCUCAAGUUAGGACUUUGGGUGAAGUUUUAAAUGGGUUUGUCAGGAUUAGGCGAUUCGAUAUGGUUUUAGUGUUGUUUGAUGAGAUUGUAAGUAUGGGUGUUAGGCCUGACAUUUAUAUUUAUGUGGCAGUAAUUCGAAGUUUCUGCGAGUUGAAGAAUUUUGUUAAGGCCAAUGAAAUGGUUCAGCAAAUGGAAUCCAGCGAGUGUGAUUUGAAUGUAGUGGUGUAUAAUGUGUUAAUUCAUGGGCUUUGCAAGAACCAGAGAGUUUGGGAGGCGCUUGAGAUCAAGAAUGGUCUAAUUCAAAAGGGUUUGACAGCUAGCGAGGUUACUUAUCGUACAUUAGUACUUGGAUUAUGCAAAGUGCAAGAGUUUGAGGUUGGCGUGGGGGUAAUGAAUGAAAUGAUUGAGUUGGAAUUCGUUCCAAGUGAAGCAGCUUUUUCAAGUCUUGUUGAAGGGUUGAGGAGGAAGGGGAAGGUUGUGGAUGCUUUUGAUUUAGUUAACAGGGUGGGGAAAGUUGGGGUAAUGCCUUGUUUGUUUGUCUAUAAUGCAUUGAUUAAUUCUUUGUGUAAAGAUGGUAAAUUUGAUGAGGCAGAGUUGCUCUUCAAGGAAAUGGGAGAGAAGGGCUUAUGUGCAAAUGAUGUCACUUAUUCUAUUUUGAUCGAUUCGUUUUGUAGAAGGCGAAAACUGGAUAUUGCGGUUCAUUUUCUUCAUAUGAUGAUGGAGGCGGGGCUAAAAGUGACAGUCUAUCCCUACAAUUCCUUGAUAAAUGGUCACUGCAAGUUGGGGAAUUUGGGUGCAGCAGUGUCCUUUUUCGAUGAGAUGAUUGAUAAAGGACUGACACCUACUGUGGUAACCUACACAUCAUUGAUAAGUGGAUACUGCAACAACAGCAAGUUGCACGAGGCAUUCAGACUGUAUCACGAGAUGACAGGGAAGGGCAUUGCACCGAACACAUACAUGUUUACCUCUCUAAUAUCUGGUCUUUGUCGAGCAAAUAGGAUGACUGAUGCAAUCAGAUUGUUUGAUGAAAUGUUAGAGCAGAAGGUUAUGCCAAAUGAGGUGACUUAUAAUGUUAUCAUAGAAGGCCAUUGUAGGGAAGGAAACACUAUAAAAGCCUUUGAAUUGCUCAAUCAAAUGGUACAAAAGGGUCUUUCUCCAGAUACAUAUACUUAUAGGCCUCUAAUAAGCAGUCUUUGUUCUACUGGUAGAGUAUGUGAGGCUAAAAAGUUUGUUGAUGACCUUCACAAAGAGCAAUUGAAGUUAAAUGAGAUGUGUUACGGCACUCUUCUACAUGGUUAUUGCAAAGAAGGGAGAUUGAGAGAUGCAUUGGUUGUUUGUCGUGAGAUGGUGGAGAGAGGAGUAGACAUGGAUCUUGUGUGCUAUGCUGUACUCAUAGAUGGAAGUACCAAAGAACAAGAUACACGUAUAUUAUUUGGUCUUUUGAAGAAUAUGCAUAAUCAGAGUUUGAGGCCUGAUAAUGUAAUAUAUACAAGCAUGAUUGAUGGAUACAGCAAAGCUGGGAGUUUUAAGGAGGCAUUUGGAAUUUGGGACAUAAUGAUUGAUGAAGGAUGUACUCCAAAUACUGUGACAUACAGUGCCCUCAUAAAUGGAUUAUGCAAAGCAGGACUCAUGGACGAGGCUGAGCUUCUUUGGAAGGAAAUGCUGGUUAGCAAUUCAACUCCAAAUCACGUUACGUAUGGUUGUUUCCUUGACCACCUUGCCAGGGAAGGGAGUAUGGAGAAAGCUGUCCAGCUGCAUAAUGGAAUGCUUAAAGGGUUUUUAGCGAACACUGUUUCCUAUAAUAUACUUGUCCGUGGCUUUUGCAAAUUGGGCAAGGUUGAGGAGGCAACCAAGCUCCUGGACGAAAUGAUAGACAAUGCUAUUUUUCCCGAUUGCAUUACUUAUUCAACAAUUAUAUAUCAGUGCUGCAGAAGUGGUAAUUUAGAUGGAGCUAUUGAAUUGUGGGACACUAUGCUAAAUAAGGGUCUGAAGCCUGAUACACUAGCCUACAAUUUUUUGAUAUAUGGUUGCUGCAUUGCGGGAGAACUAGGAAAGGCUUGUGAAUUGCGAGAUGACAUGAUAAGAAGGGGCGUGAAGCCAAAUCAGGCUACACACAAUGCUCUCACUCGUGGAGCUUCAAGAAGGUUUUCUAUUUCUACUGAUACUUAG